UAAGCCAAAUCCAUUCCCUCCCUGCCUGCCUUACUCACACAGCCGCAUCAUCAGCAGCGCAGCCAGUGAAGUGUGUUGUUGUCUGUGUGCGCACACUGCAGACGCACUCGCAGACAGACGGACAGACCGCGCGCGUGUGGGGACCUCUGUCUGCUUGGGUCGUGGAUCUCCGCCGAGAUGAAGAUCCCCAUCAGCAGCAGCAGCAUCUUCGUCAUCUGGCUUGCAGCCGCGCUCUGUGGAAGCCUCGGAGAGAAAUGCCACGAUGGCUUCUGCGCUAACGGCGGAACCUGCUUCCUGGAGAGCAGCAACGACGGCACCAACCUCAAGUGCCACUGCACUCCCGAGUUCAUAGGCCGCCAGUGCGAAGAGCGGCUGCCAGGACCCUGCAGCCGGAGCCCGUGCCACAACGGCGGCAAGUGCGAGGUGCAGGCGAUGGGGCGCGGGGACUCGCUGGAGGAGCCGUUCCGCUGCUCGUGCGCGCCCGGGUUCAAGGGAGAUCUCUGCCAGGAAGGGCCCUGCAGCUCGAGGCCGUGCCACAACGGCGGGCAGUGCGAGGCGUCGCUCGAGGUGCGCGGAGACUCCAUCGACGAGGAGUUCCACUGCACGUGCCCGAGGGGCUUCAAGGGCCGACUCUGCACAGACAACAUCGACGAGUGUCUCGACAGGCCGUGUCAGAAUGGUGGCAUCUGCCGAGACCUCAAAGGGGACUACACCUGCGACUGCCCGGCCGACUACACCGGCAAGAACUGCCAGCUGCGCUGCGGGGCACCGCUGGGGAUGGAAGGGGGUGGUAUCAAGAGCUACCAGAUCUCCGCCUCCUCCAUGUACAGCGGCAUGUUUGGUCUGCAGAAGUGGUUCCCCUUCUACGCGCGCCUCAACCGCAACGGUCUGGUGAACGCGUGGACUCCCGACGAUCAGGAUAGGUCAGCCUGGAUCCAGGUGGACCUGGGCCGCACGAUGCGCGUGAGCGGCGUGGCGACGCAGGGCGCGCGUCGCAUGGGCAGCGCCGAGUACAUCAAGAAGUUCAUGCUCGCAUUCAGUGACGACGGCAAGACGUGGAGCGGAUACCGCGAGGCGCGCUCCACCAAGGACAGGAUUUUUCCCGGAAACUGGGACAACUCGACGCCGCGCGUGACGGCCCUCAGCCCGUCCAUCACGAGCCGCUACGUGCGCCUGCUGCCCACGAUCUGCCACAACCGCUGCACCCUGCGCAUGGAGCUGCUGGGGUGUGAGCUCACCGGCUGCUCAGAGCCACUGGGUGUGAAAGACGGGAGGAUCAAGGACAAGCAGAUGACGUCGUCCGGAGUGUUCCACACCCUGGGCCUCGACUUCUGGGGCUGGGAGCCGCACUUUGCCCGGCUCGACGCCACAGGCAGAGUUAACGCCUGGACCCCCGCCAGCUGCAACGAGCAGCAGUGGCUGCAGGUGGACCUGCUGCGGCCGCGGCGAGUGUCGGGCGUGGUGACGCAGGGAGCGCGAGACCUCGGCACCGUGCAGUUCGUGCGCGCCUACAAGGUGGCGCACAGCGACGACGGCAAGAGCUGGACCCUCUACAAGGACAGGGCGAGCGGGCGCCCCAAGAUCUUUGCCGGCAACUACGACAACAACACGCACAAGAAGAACAUGUUCGAGUCGCCGUUCUGGGCGCGGUACGUGCGCAUCCUGCCCACGGCGUGGUUCAACCGCAUCACACUGCGCGUCGAAAUCCUGGGCUGCGACGAGUGAGCUGGGACAUUCGAGCUCCGCCAAUCGGCAAGCCACCACCUCCUCCUCUUCCUUCUCAUCUUCCCAAGCAGCCUCCUCGUCCCCUCUACCCCAGCCCAAGUGAAUUUAACUGACACCGGGGGAAAACAAUGUAUCGGCAGGGCGGGAGAUAUGCGGGGGUCCACAUUUUUGCAUGGUGCGGUGGGGGGAGUGGGUGCCGCGUGCGUUUGUAAAACUUAACUCGUUAUCGCGGUCAAUGAUUUAUGCAGGAAAUACUCCCGGUGAGCCUCAGAAUUUGUUGACGAGGCUCUUCUCCUUUCCCGAGAUGUUGGGCCCCGAUUCCUGACUGGGUGUCUUGACUGUGGGAGGAAGCAGAAGUACCCAGAUCAACAAACUACUUGCUGCACUACCACGAAGUGGCCACCUCGUGUCCCCCUGACACUCAGCAUGCCACAGAGGCAAGCCAGGGAGUGAACCAUUUUCAGGUCGAGGUGCCUCGCCCUUAUUUAUUUUAGAGUGCAGCAGUUGAAUUGGCCACAGCAACUUCCCUUGCAGCCGGAGAGACCGACGCAGUCUCCGAGUUAAAGGCAACUUCCCCAAAUUCUUCACGCGCCAACCGUUCGCCCAGUGAAAGAGCGCGUGCGUGCGUGUGUGCAUGUGUGCGUGCGCGCGUGAGUGUCGCAUAAAUCCCGAGCUGAAGCUGCCGUUGGGUUGCGCCUCGAAAACCCGUGACCACCGCCGCCAUCACCGACCCCCCUUGUUUCCUCGAGAGGGCACUUGAGCGCGCGCGUGGAGGACAGCGGAGUGCAGGGGGAUACAGGAAGGAGCAAGUUGCCGCUUCAAUUAAAAUAAACACUCAUGGGCUUCGGCAACGACCUGACCACGCCAACUUGCAUUACCAUGCCCGUGAAGCUUUGCAACCGUUUGCCUGCCGAGCAAUCGUAAAAGUUCGUGUAGCCUCUUUGAGUUUUCGACACUUUCACUCUCACAGAACUGGCAUUGGCAUCCCUGCGGCUUCGGUCAAUGCCAGCCCGUCAACAGCAAAACAUCCACACACCGAUAAUGAAGUGCCACGCGAGUUCACAAUUUGAUUUGCUGCUGGUGGGGCUUCAGAAAGUCCAUUUGCUCGGUGGGAACACAGGCAAUGUUGCGUUUGUCGGUGGGAGUCAUGAAAGCUCUGUUGACAUUACUCUAAAUAAAACAUGUUGUUGCUUCGAACAUCAGCAGCACGAAUGUGGAACCGUUACAAUUCAAAACCCAAACGCAGACUCUGUUCUGCGCAUGUGUGGACAACAGAAUUAUGUUACACAUUUUUGUCUUCUCACCAUACAACGGAGCCACAACGGGGGCCGGGUUUUGUGUUUUUCCACCCCAGAGGUCGCGCUCCGUGCCGCCGACGUCACACGCAGCGGACGGCUCGAGCCGCAUGCGCACGCACCAAAUCACAGGUGGACGUCAGGGCAUGUUGACACAAACGAAACACGUGAUGGACGUCUACCGCCAAGGCAUGACUCUUACUCACGAUUAGCACGCUCGCUUCGGCUACGUACGACGCGAAAGAAGUUCAAAGUACAUACAUACGUAUCUCCCCACCCCCCCGAUUUCAAGCGUGAAAGUGGCACCAUUUCAGAUUUCAGAGACGAAGAAAUUCCAUUCGGGUCUCGUGCAGCCAGCGGUGCACCCCGCUGUGGCAGAGAUACUCUCUCCGCAGAACUACAUCUGGAGUCAACAAAAACGUGUUUUUUGAGCGCAAAUUUUGGCGCGAUGAUUUUUCCUCGCCGCUAUUGGUGGCCGGGCUGAGACCAUCGACUCACGGCACUCGAGAAGGCAGUUUAAUCACAGGCGGUUGCUCGGAUUUGAACCCAGCAUCUCAGGUCAAGCUGCGUCAAUGUAUAUUGGUUCCCCGAAAAAUUGUUUCCCCGAUGGUAAUAUUUGUGUCGCCCCUACUUAUUUCCGCCCCCACCCCCUCCCCCCCCCCCCCCGAGGGAAUGACAGGAGUUACGGUUGCCACGGCUUGCCACGACUUGGCAAGUCGUGGUAUGGCGCUAAAGGUGUCGUUAUUAUCAUUAUUAUUACAUUGACGAGGACAAGAUUAAAUACAAGAAUACACCGUAAGAAGACUGAGCAACAAUUGUUUUUGUUGCGUAUGGCAAUAUGUGCAGGGUCUAAAGGCCAAUGUCGAGGUCAGCGAGCCACGAGAGGGCUUCUUCAGGAGACAAGAGUUUGUAUCGUUUUGAUAUUCCUCUGUUCAGCGAGCGGAGGCUACAGUGCUUUACCACAUGGGCCACAGUUGUGGUUGCACGGCCACAAAUCGCACUACUGUGGCCCAUCUUUCAUUUCCCAUUCAUGAAGGAGAUGCGUGCAUCGGCCUGUUGGUGCUCGGAUGCGAUGGAUGGUUCCACCAGCGUCUCUUCGAGGAAUGUAAAAAAAAUAGCCAGGAGGGUUGAGCAUCUGUUUCACGAAUUUCGUCUGCAAAGCGGCGUUUGUACCGUGGCGUUUCAGUUCAGAAUUUGCAUGGGUAUAGUCUUUCAAUGCGAAAAUAAAGGGGGUACAAUUAUUUGGAAGGUGAGCCAGUGAUCCUGGAUACUGGUCCAAUCGGCAGAACAAAUAUUCAUUGCUAAGGGGGGUUCGGGUUGGGUACGCAUUCCCUAACACUGGCUUAGCUCUGAUGUGGGUGGCAUUAGCCCCUCUCAGCUGGCCUUGCCACCUUAAAUGUACUUCUGCUUCCUGAAAUGAUAAUUAUUAUAUCCACACAUACAGACACGCCGUGGCGUCUUUAUCUUUGUAGGCCAGAUUUUUUUUUAUAAUGCAGACCGAGUGAUGCAUAAAUCACUCGAUGGAUGAAUGAAGGAGUUAAUGCACAAGUGAACUUUUGCAUGAUAUAUUAAAUGGGCAAAUUAAUUUGAUAAGUUAUUGGAUCACCGUAAUUGAAUAAUGAACAUGAAAUUAAUAAACGACCAAGUUAAUGGAUGAUGAUGAUGAUAAUGAUGAACAAUAUACUUUGUUGUAAGAGAUGUAAUGACUUGGGAGCCAAUAUUAUCACCUCAUUGUAUCAGGCUUUGUAUUUUGAUAAGUACAAUAUAGCGUAUAAGCACAAAUAAUGAAUUACAAUUAUAGUGUUUGUACAACUGAUAAUAAAGCAUUCCGUGGAACACCACGCAGAAGUGA